CUGUUCUGUGUAUAAUAAAUAUUGCGAUAUUCAGGUAUUUAAGUUGGUGAUUGUAUUACCAUUGCAGUCAAAAGAGGAUGCGAGUGUUGGCAGUUCGAACCAUUCGCAAGGCAACUUUAUUUUCCCUUUCAAAGCAAAAGCAGAUCAACCAAUGCUCAGUUCCUUCAGAAGAGUUUCGACUCAACUACACCACUAUAUAACAAUUGUGGGUGAAGCAGUGGAUCAUCUGGGGCACAAGCAGCAAAAUGGACAGGCAUAUAGUGUAUUCCAAGGCUUUGGGAUACUAUGAUUUGAGCUACGAGAGGUUGAGGAAGCAGCUUCGAAGGCUGAACUACACUCAGCUGACAAACAUACGAAAGUUGUCGAAAAUGGCGAUAUUGCUAUCAACUAUAGUGUCGUCCUAUUAUCUUUUCAAUAGUGUAAAGAGAAUUUUCAACUACAUGUUAUCUCUUUCCAAGAAACGCUCAAAACGAAACAAUCAAGGUGAUGACAAAAAUAUUGUGGACAAAAAUAUUGUAGACAAAAAUAUAGUCACCAACAAAAUUACAAUCAUCAAUAACGAUACUUUUAGUGAGUGGAAAACUCAAAAUCUUCCUAAAAAUACCACUAUAAAUGUUAAUAGAGAUCCUCGGAAAAUAAACCAUCAUAAAAAGGUGAAAGAUGCGACACAAGAUAAAACCAAGAAUUUAGAUUAUCCUAGAAUAAAUUCUCCAGUAGUAAAUACAAUAAAACAGGAGAUAAAUUUAAUAGAAAGUGUCCCCGGAUCAUUUCUUACUAUUCAAGAUGAUCUGUGGGUUGAUGAUUCUAAGGUCAAGGAAAAGACAGAACUAGAAAAAGAACUUGAUGCAAAAUGUUGUGUGGUUUCCAUUGACACUUCCAACGAUAAAUUACCAAGCUCAAACCUCAAAACUGAAACAAAUUUAGAUGGUACUGCAUCUGAAGUAUCAACAACUCCUGAUGAUAGAUGGUCCGAAAAUGAGCUUCGUGAUUGGUUCAGUAAAAAAUAUAUUAUAUUUAAGUUGAUACAAUUUAUUGUGCUAUUGCCUUUAUGGAGGUACUUGGACAUGAAUAAUUCAAUAUUCUGUUUUGUCAGAGAGAGCAACUCAUUCUUAACUACGCAUCUACCCAAUGUAUUAAGAGUGCUAAAGGAUUGCUAAAGGAUUGCUAAACGGCUAAUUGGCAUCAUGUACAUCUAAAAUUCAUUCUCAUAUUUU